ACCGACCGAUUUUUUUCCUGAAGCUCGAAAAAAGUUGACUGAACUCAGCAGACAGUGGAAAGUGGUGGGAUACAUCACGAACCCAUAGCAAACCACUUUAUCCUCCACCAUGGCUUCCAACUUCCAUGUCCAAAAGCCAUAUGUGCUCACGACCUUACCCAGACCUUUGGAUCCAACAACUGGCCGCUAUGUUGUUGGUCAAGUAUACGGCACCGCUGAGGGCACGCGGAAGCGCAAGCGCUCCGAGAUAACAGUUGGAGUCGACGGUGAAGCAGUCAAUAUCUACAAUGUAUCAUCCGCCAGACUGGUCACCUCAUACCCAAUCCCUCCCCAAUCCUCCUUUGCCUGUCCACCUUGUUCGCUGCGUCGGAGGAUACCCAAUAGCAGGAACAUCGCGAGGUACACCUACAUAGCUACCAGCGAUCCUGUCUCGAAAAUCACCUUGUUCAAGGACAUCGUCGAGGCUUCUGGCAAGACGACAUCCACCACUACAAACUUCUCUCUGUCGUCCAAGAACAAGGUCGUCUACUUGACUGCGCGGCUGAAUGAACCCGUCAAAGCAGAUCUUCUAAGCCCCGUCGCUGAUGAUGACCUGUUGGUGGUACAAGAAGACGGAGAAAUCAUUGGCCUUGACAGCGAGAGCCUCCAACAGAAGUGGAAGACGACCUCAGCCAUCCUUCACCAGGAUCUUGCAUAUGGUUCCAAGUCAGACUUCCUUGUUGAGACGUGCGUAUCUGCGCGAGCUUCUGAAGUGAUCGAUGGCCUAUUCAAAGGGAACCAGGAUGCACUCAACGCACUUGCCAACCUGCUUCGAACUGGCGUGGAUCCAGACAUCUUGCUAGCCGUGUCUAGCAUUACCUCUGAUGGUCGCCGCAUUCGACACUUGCACAUAUUGGGCCCCAUACCCCAGUCUCAGAGUACAGCUCAAUCUAGCAAAGGUCUCGUUCAGCUUCACGUUGUGCCUGUCACGGCUUCGGUCGCUUCGGCAUCGGCUAAGCCACAAUAUCACCUCGACAUUCGCUCUGGAAGUCUUACUGAACUAGCUGAUGGCACUCUCACUGUGCAUGAUCUAACCACGAGCAUUCCUCGAGUUAGUUCGCAGAUGGACCUUGAGAUUGCAACUUCGUUUCUGAGGCUCUCAAAGACAUCUGUACUAGCUUCUGCCCAGAACGUUUUGAGCGUCUACAAUCCUCAAUUUCGCUCCGUUCAAAGUUACGCAGCGGUCGAGUCAGACAACCAGUCCGAGUUUGACACGUCCAAAACCCAAACAGUUUCACUUGUUGCAUACUUUUCAAAGUUGGAAUUGGCAAUUGGUAUCAGUGGGCCGCAAUUGAUGGCUAUUCAACUCGAGGCGCCCAAGUCCCGAACAAAGCGCCGGGCAGAAGGACUGCUCAUCGACUCGAUCGGCCGCGGCAUAUCAGAGACGAAGCGCUUGUCUACCGAACCCCGGAAACGCGUCGCAGGUUCUUCUACCUUCUCUAAUUACCUGCCUGGAUCUGUGCUUGGUGAUUACCUAGAGAGCUGGACCAAGGAUGUGCAAAGAGCUGACUCGUUCCUUGAUUCUAAUGCCACCUACGAAUUUGAAGCUCUGCUGGCCGAGAAAUUCGGUCUCCAAAUCAAGAGCUCAGAGCUAGCAAACGGGGUGGAAUCUGCAGACGGGCAAACUACACUGUCGCCCCCUGAAUGGGUCUGGCCCAAGGACAAGGCAAAGUUCCCUCGAGCAGACAGGCGAUGGGUCGUCUACGCCAUUAGCAGGGCAUUCCAAUGGGAGGACGCAAACGCAGGCACUGCCUCGUCGCCUCGUCUUCUCUAUGUUCUACCGAACACCAACGUUGUAAGCUAUCUCGCAGCCGCAGGUCAUCUGUCAAUUUCCAAUGUCAAAUCCGCGCUGCGGGAAGAGCUUGCUGAAGUUAAGAAUGUGGAUCACACAUUAGCCGACGAACUGGUAGCUCGCUUGUCUGACCUUGACUCUACUUCCGAGCUUAUGACGUGCUACGUCAGAGCCACAGCUCUUGGGUCAGUCGAGCUUCUCUUUGCUGUUCGAAGCAUCAUGGGAAGCCUGGACGCUAGUCGCGAUCAGAACCAGGAGGCUCCUAAACUGCUGACCAACGGUGCUUCGGAAGGAGCAGCAGAGAACGAGGAUAUUGGUAUGGAACUGGACAUUCUCGAGGAGGAGGUCCUCAAGGCAGAGUCAAUCUUAACUGGCAACUCUGGUAUUCGCGAGGAGGGCCUCAGCGUGGCGUUUGCCAAGCUGGGCAAUUGCCCGGCUUCGUCUAUGAUCAAAGCAUUGAAGGCAACCCUUAAACCGAAGGAAAUCAUGGAUCUGAUCCUGCAGCUGCGCAUCGAGCUGUACAGCGGUGCCUGGACCUCUCGCUAUGUGGAAGAUAACACACUCUACGACGAAAACGCCGACCUGCACCCGCCGCCCGACGCUAUCAUCAAGCUCAUUUCCGAUCUAUUGAGCAGAUGUGUGGACGCCAUUGGCCCCGGCGGCUGGCUUCUUGGUGACGCAACCGCCAUCAUAUCUGGAGGUGAAGUGGGCGAUGUCAUCGCCUCUCUCAAGCUGGAAGUAUCUGCAGCUCUAGAAGGACUGGAAGAGGCGGUCUAUCUCAGGGGCAUCGUCGGUGAGGCGGUGAGGUACUGUGAAGCCGCACAGAAGGAGGCCAACAAGCAGCAGAAGUUCGAUCUAGCGAAGCCUAUCAGCCUCCAGGUGAAGGAGCCGGGCUUCGAGGCACUGCCGCUAGGACUCAAGGUGAAGGGACGCGUAGAGAAGACCAAGGUCGUAAGCGGUGGUGAGAUUGUCCAGCGAAGCAUGCGUGAGCAGGGUCACCUACGGAGCCAGCAGGUGGGCGCAUACUCGUUAGAGAGAAUCGCCAUCUAAUUUAGCCUCAUACUACCCAACAUGCAUGAAGGUUUGACAUGAUAGUUUGGAGAAAUAGGGGGAAAUGCAUCACAUGCCAAUUGGCAAAUGGAAUUCACAGAUCUCGAGAAGAAGAGAAGAAGAAAACACGUGAAGUGAAGAGAACCAGCUUGUCAGU